AUGGCAGAGAAAGAGCUGAAGGCCGGUCAUCCGCCAGCAACCAAUGGCUAUACCCGGAGCGAUGAAGAAGCACAGACAGCAGAAGCGGAAAAGCUUCGCCUCAAGAAACGCAAGCGUUUGACAUUUUUCAUUAUCUUCAUGGUGUCUCAAAUUGUUAUUGGAAUUGUGAUUGGUUUAACAAUAAUGAAAGUCAAAAAUCCCAAGUUCCGGGUGAGGUCUGCCACAUUCGAGACAUUUAAUGUCACAACAUCCUCAUUUAACAUGACGAUGAAUGCUGAACUUGGGGUCAAGAACCCCAAUUUCGGCCCCUACAAAUACCGCAACACCACAGUUGAAUUCUACUAUGGAGUAACACUAGUUGGGACUGCAAUUGUCCCCAAAUCGAAAGCCAGUCUCCUAAAAACCAAGAAGUUCAAUGUUGCAGUGAACUUGAUUGCACCACCCAGUCUACUAAGCGAUACAAAAUUGGCAAGUGAUAUAAGUUUUGGGUUAUUGCCUUUGAGCAGUCAAUCUAAUCUGAGUGGAAAGGUGGAGCUAAUGCUGAUAAUGAAGAAGAAGAAAUCUACCCAAAUGAGUUGCACCAUGAAUGUUAAUAUCAAGACACAACAGCUUCAGGAUGUGAUGUGCAACUGA